AUGUUGGCCGUCCUUUGCGAUGCUCAGGUGUUGCUUGGAGAAGAUCUCAAAAUCAUCUCGCAUGACAGAGGCUUGGCCCAGCUGUUGAUGAGCUGCAGCUCACCAUUUGCUUUGGAAGGUCGGGCUUUUCUUGACUUUAUGGCUCCCCGCGACACCCAGCGCUUUCAAGUCUUCAUUGAGUCUGCAAUCAAGGUUGCUGCUGAUACAGGCAUUGACAGUGGUCAGCUAGAAAACUUGCCGCCAUUUACGCAGGCUUCCAGGUCACGGAUGCCCCCACCAACUUCUUUACUUGUACAUAUUACAGACAGUCAUGGUCUUCUGGUUGCCGUGGAGCUGUUCCACAUAUGUGUCCCGGGUCCCAAUGGGAAACGGGGUCACUUUAUCGGCAUCUCGGAGGCAGAAAGUAACGCAUCAGCGACCGCGUCCAAUUCGGACACCUCGGGAAGUGCGCGCUCAUCACUCCGCACCGCACCGCUUAGCACGGCACGGGGAAGCCCGGAGGACUCAGAGGAAGUCAUGACCCUCAAGACUUUGCAAAUGCGACAACAGGCUUCUGCCCGUGGGGAAGGCAUCUUCCAUCCUGACCACCAAGACGACGAUGGCCGCGAUGGGAGGGAGUCCGUAGCUUCGUCGGGAUCCAGUGACUCCUCCAUUACUUCAGCUGCGGGCCUUCGCCACAGGCCUUUCGCAACGCCGGAGAUAGAAUUUGCUGAGAUCAUUCUGGAUCCAUUUUGUGACGCUCUAUCAAUUCACGAGGCCCAUUUCACCUUCCAGGCUGGCAAUUCGCGAGGAAGGCCUUCGCUCCUGGAAUGGUUGUGGCCGGGCAUGCGCAAGAAGUUCCAUUCCUCCAUGUCGCAUGCCGUAAAUCUUGUGUUUGCUCCACCUGGAAGCAGAGAUGACGCAGCCAAAUCGCAGCAUAGGCUCGAGCCCGUGACCUUCCGGCUGCCCUCCUGGAAGCGACCCUUCGCGCUGGUUGCAACGAAUGUGGACUUGCUCAUAGAGGAGACUAGAGAGCAGGGAGGUCCGCCAUUGGAGUCGUUUGCAGAGUUAGAGCAGGACUUCUGUAAACGGACGCGUUGUUGCUCUUUUGGAGUCUAA